AGGGGAAGAGCUUGGGUGAAGGGGUGGAGCAAAGAGAUGGGAAUAUAAAGGGGCAGCUGGCUUGGGUCCUCUAGCAGCUACAUCCUGAUCUGCAGGGAGGUAGCUUUUCCUCGGCUCCACUGAGUACAGCUGUGCAAGGUGCCUAGCAGGAAGAAACCCCCCCUCCGGCGCCAUGUGGCAGCAAUCCCAGCUUCUCUUCCUGCUGUGUCUGGUCCUGUCCAGUGGCUCUGCUGACGGGUUGAGAGAUGAUGAAGAGGAGAAUGGCUGCACACUAAUAGAUGCUCUCCCGUACAUGGUCGUGGGAGGAGCUGCUCUGAUGUAUGCAGGACCAGCCGUGCUGGCUACGUUGGGGUUCCAGGCCACCGGCAUAGCAGCCGGCUCCGUGGGUUCCUGGUUGAUGAGCUGGUCUGCCAUAAGUUCGGGAGGCGGCGUGCCUGCAGGGGGAGUCGUGGCCACACUCCAGAGCCUCGGGGCCCAAGCAGGCAGCGUGGCCUGGGGGUCGAUCGGCUCCAAGCUGGGCUACACUGCCCACCAGAACUUCAUCUGCGGCAAGAAGCAGAAGUCCAAGAAGCAGUAAUCGCCCUUCCCCUGCAGCUCUCCUCUCGCCGGCUGUCGGGAAAGCUACUCUGGGCUCACCACACCGAGCCUGGACAUGGGUGUGGUUUGACUUCUGUAUUUGGGGGAAGGGGUGUGAUGUAAUUCUCAAGGGGUUUGCUCUAAUUCCUACUGAAAUCAAUAGACGUGUUUGGCCAGGUCUACACUACCCAUUUACUGCGGUAUAACUAUGUCACUCGGGUGUGAAACAUCACAUGCCUGAGCAACACAGCUAUACCAGUGUCUGGUGGAGUGUCUGGACGCAGGAGAGAUCUGGAUGCAUAGAGGCUUGUUGGGGGAUUCCGGGUGCAGAGGGAAUGGGAUGCUGUGGGGAAGGGGUCCAGGUGAAGGUAGUUAGGGUACAGCAGGGUGGCUCUGGGUGCGGGGGCGCAUCUGAAUGCAUGGGGGUUGGGUGGACCAGGGGAGGGCAGCUCCCUGCACAGUGACCCUUUCCCCCUACCCCCGUGGAGUGAUGGGGGUGGGGAAGCAGCUUUGGAGGGAGGGGGUUGCCAGAGGUGGUUGGUGCAACCAUUAAAUGGUUCCCUGAAGAAAGUGCCUGAACAGUGUAUGGCUAUGGAGUUUAACCUUUCUGGGCCGGGGAGUGGGAGACAGGCCAGCAGCCUACAAGAGGCUGCAGAGGAAAAAUUAAAA